UCCAAUUUUCCUCACUUCAACCCCACAUACAGAUGGAGAUAAGCCAAUUUUAGCUCUGGAAAUUACUUUUGCAAGCAAGCAAGAUUUUAAGAAUGCAGUAGCUACUCAUGAGAUAAAUAAUGGAAAGUAUAUCAAGUGGAAGAAAAAUAAUAAAGAAAGAAUAAAGGCUGUUUGUAUACAUCCGGAGUGCGAAUGGAAAAUCAUGGCAUAUAAAAUGCAAAGGGACACGACGCUUCAGAUUAGGAAGUACAAACCUAAAUAUACUUGCAAGGAGUGGAAUUAUAAAAAUAGAACAAUAACAUCAUCCUUCAUUGCAAGAAAGUACCUCAAAGAAAUUAAAUCAAACAGGGGUUGGAGCUUACUUGAGUUCAGAGAUAGGGUGAGUGUAGAUCUACGAGCUAAAGUGACUUUAUCUCAAGCUAAAAGAGCUAAGAUGAAAGCUAUUGCGUUGAUUGAUGGUGAUAUUAAGGAUCAAUACAAAAUGAUGUGGGAUUAUUGCAUUGAAAUUGAUAGGACAAAUCCAGGCAGUACAAUUCACAUGAAGUUUACUGAUAAUGAGGUACCAAACAAGCCAUACAGAUUUCAGAGAAUAUACAUAUGUUUUGCUGCUUGUAAGCAAGGUUAUAAGGCUGGAUGUAGAAAGAUAAUAGGUGUGGAUGGUUGUUGGUUGAAAGGUCCAAUGUAUGGGACACAAUUGUUAUCUGCAGUCAGAAUUGAUGGUAAUAAUAACAUAUUUCCCAUUGCCUACGCCAUUAUUGAGAAAAAAAGUAGAGAGACAUGGGUAUGAUUUUUGAACCAUUUGGCAGCUGAUUUAGACAUAGAUGCGAGUGGUUUGACCUUUAUGUCUGACAAACAAAAAGGUCUUAUUGAAGUUUUUAAUGAAGUUUUACCACAUGUUAGCAAUAGAUUUUGUGCGAGGCACCUUCAUAAUAAUUUUAAGAGAGCUGGUUUUAGUGGAUUCACAUUAAAAAAAGUAUUUUGGGCUGCUGCAAAGGCUGCUACUAUGGAAGAAUUUGAUGCUUGCAUGUUACGGAUGACAGAGUUAGAUACGAAUAUUGUUGCUUGGCUCAAUGACAAAACCUAGCGAAUGGUCAAGGUCACAUUUUUCUUCAGAUGUCAAGUGUGAUAUUUUAUUAAUAACUUGUGUGAAGUGUUUAAUAGCAUGAUCCUUGAUGCUAGAGACAAGCCUAUUUUGACACUUUUGGAGAAAUUGCGGUAUCUGUUCAUGGCUAGAAUGCUAGCUAAUAGGGAGAAAGGGCAGAAAUGGAGUUUGGGUGAUGUUUGUCCAAAUAUUAAGGACAUAUUACACAAAAAUCAGAUUGCAGCCGGUGAAUAUAUUCCUCGAAAAUCAAAUCAGUGGAAUUAUGAGAUUAUAGGAGCUACUAUUCGUGAUAAUUGGGCAAUUGAUUUGGAGAAUCGAACAUGCAGCUGUAGAAAAUGGAGUAUCAUGGGAAUUCCUUGCAAGCAUGCUAUUGCAGCAAUUUGGGCUAAGAAGGAUGACAUUCUUGACUAUGUGGAUGACUGCGACAAGGUAGAAACGUAUAGAAGAAUUUAUGAACAUGCAAUUCUUCCGAUAAAUGGGCCACAAAUGUGGACUGAAUCAACUAAAAUUCCUCCUUGGCCUCCAAGGAUGGUAAGAAAUAAUAAGAGAGGAAGAAAACAAAAAGUGAGAAGAAAGGAAGUUGAUGAGGUUGGAGCAAGUCGAACAAGGAUGAAAAGGAAGCAACAGUCUCUAGACUGUAGUAUAUGCAACAAGCCUGGCCACAAUAAAAGAACUUGCAAAUAUAAUAUUGUGCAACCAGAGAUUACUUCAAUCCGUGAAAAACUGCCUAUUAGGCGGGGGCAAGUUGAAAUAUGACCAGAAGAAGUUGGACAAGAAGUAGCAGUUGAAAUAUAUUCUGGUUGGAUAUACUCUCAACAAACACAACAAAA